AAAUGAAAAUCAUAAGGGGUCUAAGUGAAAAGUUUAAUUUCCCAUUAUCGAUCUAGGGUUUCAACAGUGGGUUUGCAUAUAAAAGCGAACCUGGUCCAUUUUGCGCCUUGAAGAACUCUCCCAGUGAACAAACGCCGCCGUAGCAAAACCCUAGACGGAUUAAGCAGAAGAUAUGACUACCGUACCAGGGCAGCUGAUAUGGGAGAUCGUGAAGAAGAACAACUCUUUCCUCGUCAAGGAGUUCGGUAAUGGAUCACAGAGCGUUCAAUUCAGCAAAGAGCCUAACAACCUCUACAACCUCAACUCCUACAAGCACUCUGGACUAUCCAACAAGAAGACUGUUACCAUUCAGCCAGCUGGAAAGGAUCAAUCUGUUCUUCUAGCAACUAGCAAAACCAAGAAACAAGCCAAACCUGCAGCUCUACUUCACAAAUCCAUCAUGAAGAAAGAGUUCAACCGCAUGGCUAAGUCAGUUGUAAACCAGGUUGCUGCUAACUACUACAGGCCAGAUUUGAAGCAGGCUGCUCUUGCUAGACUGAGUGCUGUGAGCAGGAGCCUUAAGGUUUCAAAGUCUGGUGUCAAGAAGAAGAACAGACAGGCAUCAAGGAUUUAUGGUAGGAAAUGAAACAAUGUAUUAGUACUUUUGUGAGCCGAGUUUUUUUUUUCAUAAAAUUUUCUGUUUAGACUUCUAAAUUUAUCUUCAUUGCUUUUCAAUGUUGGUUGGUUUUGUUAUUUUGAGAGUACUAGAUUUUGAUUUGGUGUCUUGACUUUGACAUUUACCUUUUUAUUUACUCUACUGUGCUUACUAUA